GAGCUUAAAGGAUAGGUUGUAGCUUGUGAUGCACGUUCUGAUCCGGUGAGGCUUUGGGAGAACCGUUGGGAUCCAGCUGUCACCGGGAAACGCUCUUUUCCGGUUUUAGUAGACAUUUCUUAAGUCGAACAAGUGACCCCGAACCUGAAAUGUUACCUUUCCGGCCCACGGUAGUGCUGAAGGAGCUUUUUCAGAGCCAGCUGAAGCGGCCGCUGACACGCACAACCGCAGCCGAGGUGAAAGCGGCUCCUGCGGCUUGUUUCAGUACAUCCGGUCCGGAUCGGAGAUCUCCGGGCGUAGGGAGGCCGUUUACCGGGUGGAGAAGCCCGCAGCUCAUCAGGAAACCGGGCUUCAGAGGAUUGUGCUCCAAAGGGGACGGACAUGGAGACGCCAGCAGGGACUCGGACAAGAGAAGAAAGCCGGGCAUCCUGCCCAGCCUGGAGGAUCUGCUGUUCUACACCAUCGCAGAGGGCCAGGAAAAAAUCCCAGCUCACAAGUUCACCACCGCUCUUAAAUCCACCGGGCUUCGAACCGGAGACCCUCGGCUCAAAGAAUGCAUGGAGAUGCUGAAGAUGACCUUGAAGACCACCUCAGACGGAGCGCUGGACCGACACCUCUUCAAAAAGUGUGUCCAGAGCAACAUCGUCCUGCUCACUCAGGCCUUCAGGAAGAAGUUCGUCGUCCCAGACUUCCAGUCCUUCAGCGCCCACAUCGAUGAUCUGUACGAGAACGCCAAGAACCUGUCGGGAGGGCAGGUGGCGGAUUACAUUCCCCAGCUGGCUCGGUUCAGCCCGGACCUGUGGGGCGUGGCUCUGUGUACCGUGGACGGACAGAGGCACACUGUCGGUGACACCAAGGUUCCCUUCUGUCUGCAGUCGUGCGUGAAGCCGCUGAAAUACGCCGUCGCCGUUCACGACCACGGAACCGAGUAUGUGCACCGCUUCAUCGGCAAGGAGCCGAGCGGCCUGAGGUUCAACAAGCUCUUCCUGAACGAGGACGAUAAACCUCACAACCCCAUGGUGAACGCCGGCGCCAUCGUCUGCACGUCCCUCAUCAAGCAAGGAGCGAGCAACGCUGAGAAGUUUGAUUAUAUGAUGAACUUCAUGAACAAGCUGGCAGGAAACGAGUACGUUGGCUUCAGCAACGCCACGUUUCAGUCCGAACGAGAAUCUGGAGACAGAAACUUUGCCAUUGGCUACUAUCUGAAGGAGAAGAAGUGUUUUCCAGAGGGAACAGACAUGACCGCCAUCCUGGACUUCUACUUCCAGCUCUGCUCCAUCGAGGUGACGUGCGAGAGCGCCAGCGUCAUGGCGGCGACUCUGGCUAAUGGCGGCUUCUGUCCAAUCACAGGAGAGCGCGUGCUGAGCCCCGAGGCGGUGCGGAACACUCUGAGUCUAAUGCAUUCCUGCGGCAUGUACGACUUCUCCGGACAGUUCGCCUUCCACGUGGGUCUGCCGGCUAAAUCCGGCGUCGCUGGUGGAAUUUUGUUGGUUGUUCCCAACGUGAUGGGAAUCAUGUGCUGGUCUCCUCCCCUGGACAAACUGGGAAACAGUGUGAGAGGGAUCCAGUUCUGCACGGAUCUAGUUUCUCUCUGCAACUUCCACAACUACGACAACCUGAGGCACUUUGCUAAGAAACUGGAUCCUCGGCGGGAGGGGGGGGACCAGCGGGUCAAGUCAGUGAUCAACCUGCUCUUUGCUGCGUACACCGGAGAUGUUUCAGCCCUACGAAGGUUUGCAUUGUCCUCCAUGGACAUGGAGCAGAGGGACUAUGACUCCAGGACGGCACUGCACGUCGCUGCCGCUGAAGGACACGCUGAGGUGGUUCGGUUCCUGCUGGAGGCCUGCAAGGUCAACCCCAUCCCUAAAGACCGGUGGGGGAACACACCAAUGGACGAGGCGGUGCACUUCGGCCACCACGAUGUCGUGACCAUCCUCCGUGAUUACCACAAUCAGUACAGCCCGCAGGACAGCCCCGCCCAGAAGCAGAACGCCGAGGAGAACCUAGACGGGAUGCUGUGAGGAAACCGGGUUGGCGACUGGAGGUGGGCGGAGUUCAUCUGAAAGCCUCAGACAACCUGCACAUGUAUUCAACACGAACCGUCCCGAUUAUCAACUCUAGUGGAUCUAAACCAGCUACAACCCUUCAGUAUAAAAGCCUCUCAUGUUUAGAAAUGUUUGCUCUCAGUCAGGUAAUUGGUUUAUUUUACUCCUCUUCCUGGGUUCUGUUGGUGAAACUGAUGGGUCUCUGAUUCAGCCGUUUUAUUCUGAAAAGCUGAAACAGGAAGCAGAUGUUUUUCUCUACCUGCAGUUAAAACUUUCCUCAGAGGUGUGUGUGUGUGUGUGUGUGUGUGUGUGUGUGUGUGUGUGUGUGUGUGUGUGUGUGUGUGUGUGUGUGUGUGUGUGUGUGUGUGUGUGUGUGUGUGUGUGUGUGUGUGUGUGUGUGUGUGUGUGUGUGUGUGUGUGUGUGUGUGUGUGUGUGUGUGUGUGUGUGUGUGUGUGUGUGUGUGUGUGUGUGUGUGUGAGAAUACACCCAGGUGUUUAUCAGGUGGAUUCAGCUUCAGAAACUUCAAGUCUUCUGUGUUCAACUUAAAACUUUUCCUUGUUUGUUUGUUUUUUUUUCUGUAAAACUGAACUUAACCUUUUAUUUCCUGUUGUUUUUCUUUAUUUAUUCCUUUUCAACAUGAGGAACUUUAAUGAAAGCAGCCAAAGCUUCUAGUUUCAGAUGUUAGAUGGCGUUGUACAUACCAGUCAUGACACUGCCAGAUUGCAAAGACACAUUUCUGUUGUAGGUUUAAGAACGACCAACGUGUACCCGACAGGAAAAACAUUCCGGAAUCAAAGGAUCUGGUCCGUAAACAGGAACGGGAAGUUUUAGAUGGGAGUUUAGGUUCCUGAGGAUUAAAGCUGCUGGUGAUUGUUGUUUUUACAGUUUACAACUUGAAUGUGACAACUUUUAUUUUGAAAAAACAAAAAGAAGAAACCAGAUCGAAGUGUUCAAAAUGGAAUUAUCUUUAAAAGAAUCUGAAAAAAGUAUGGAGGCUUGUGAUGAGCCAAAGUCUAGUUCAUAAAAUCCGAGCUCAGCUGGAUCUUCGUGCACAGAUGAAAACAAACAUGAAUCAAGUUUAAACAUUUCCUUCAGACAUGUGUUAGUGUGAUGUUUGGAUUUUUUAAACAAACAUUUUAGGUUUCUUCUUCCCUUUUGAGGUUUUUCACAAUACAACUUUGUUCUGAAAGCUCUUAAGCAUGAUCUGAUUGUAAAGCCAGUUCCUCUGAAGGUGUAGCGGUUAGACAUCAGCGCUGAUUUCAAACGUUCGUAGAGACGAUCGAGUCUGGAGUGUUUUCUCUCGAGUGCAUACGGCUGUAAAAUGUGUGUGUUCCUCAGGAAGGCCUCUGGUGGCGCUUUACAAUGCAGAUUGUUUUUCAGCAGAAGAAUCUCAUACUUGAACAGCUGUACAGAUGUGUAGAUUGCGUGUUUGUGUUGUGCUGAAUAUCCGGAUGCCGUUUCUGAACAAUCGAGUGGAGAACCCGAGGAACGUUACCGUUCUCGGGCUAGAAUCGGAGUAUUCAUCGUUUAGAGCACAAAGCUGCAGCGUUCAGUCGGUGAGACGACCUGCAGCUCUUUGGAUCACAUGGUGUGUGUAUUUGUGUUUGUGCAGCUGAAGUUCUCUGAAUGUAACGUGCUUGUUCUUUCUUCUUCAUGUGUAUUUAUUCUGCCGCGACUUAAAACGGUCAGGCAGCCCAGAUAUUUAUUCACUCAGCAAAAUAUUUAAUAAAGUAUUUAAAAAUGAA